CACCUCCUAGGAAACCUGCACCUCCCAUAUGUGAAGGCAUUGACACAUGUUUGGGCAUCAUCACCAUCCUCAUCAAACGUCAUCCAUCUCCCUCUCUCUUUCUCUCUCUCUCUCCAUUUGUAUAAAAUGGCGAGAAGGUGGUGACAAGUGAAGUGAAUACUAGAAAGGUUCUCUUGUGUCGCUUAUCUCUCUAGCUUCCGCGCAGAGAGUGUCUGUACAUAGAAAGCUUCAGCUUCAGCUUCAGCUUCAUCUACUUCUGCAACCUCGGUAUCCCAUAGGUUGGAGAGAGAGGGAGGGAGAGAUGGGAAAGGGACGUGCGCCAUGUUGCGACAAGAACCAAGUGAAGAGAGGUCCAUGGAGUCCAGCCGAGGACUCGAGGCUCAUCUCUUUCAUCCAGAAGUAUGGCCAUGAAAACUGGCGUGCUCUUCCUAAACAAGCAGGACUAUUGCGAUGCGGGAAAAGUUGUCGACUGAGAUGGAUUAACUACCUGCGGCCGGACGUGAAGCGAGGGCAUUUCACCAAAGAGGAAGAGGACGCCAUCCUUCAAUUACACCAGUCACUGGGAAACAAAUGGUCUAAAAUUGCAUCACAUUUGCCUGGACGGACUGACAAUGAGAUCAAGAAUGUGUGGAACACUCAUUUGAAGAAGCGUUUGGCCGGUAGGGGCCUUGGUCAGUCGAAGCACGAAUCCUCCAUUAGCUCCUCGUCCUCGUCUUCCUCCGCGUCUUCGCUCGUGUCCCGUGCCUGCAUUGAAAGGAAUGUGCCAAUGGACCUCGAACUUUCGACUGGUCAACGUCCUCUGGAUGAGAAAUCUUGUGGUCAGGAAGGCGUGGUGCCACCGCCACAGCCCAAUGAACCUCAAGAAGUCCAAGAGGAAGUAGCCGAACGUUUGCCUGAUAACAAGGACUCCAAAGAUCAUUCGUCGACUUUUUCCGGCUCCAAUGAACCGGCUCAUCUGAAGGACUGCGUACGAGUGGACAGUCCGAUCGCGGAAGAGCAAAUGGAUUCGUUCUUCAGCUUCAGCAGCCCUUACGAUGUGCGCAGCGCACUGGAGCCGGGAGAAGUGAACAAACCAGAUAAUAACAAUAAUGAGUCGGGCAACUUCACGAUAGACAUCCCGUUCGAGUGCGAUGUCGAAUUUUGGAACAUGUUAGAUAGCUUGGAACCGUUCUCGGUCCAUGAAGCAGACGUCGGGCAGGACGACCGGAGGACCGGAGAAGGGUUUUCCCGGGAGGACGAGGACCUGAGUUGGUUGCGGUACUUGGAGAACGAGCUCGGGCUGGAGGCAACAAAGGAAAGAGGGGUCCAAGAAAAGUCAAGAGCCAUCUCCGUCACAACAAGUCCAUCCGACAUGGCAGUGCCAAUGAAGGCGUGUUGUCAAGGUUAGGAGUAGAAUUCGGAAGCAGCAGCAGAAGGGUCGAUCCGAUGUCGAGAAUUGACCUCGGUCAAAUACGCAACUUGGACACAGCACAGUGCUUGGAUCCAUCAAUGUCUUUUUCAAAAGUUGGUGAGAGGGUGGCGAGGUCAAGAAUUUGACAAAACGCCACCUACCCAGCUGUUCGAUUCCAACGUUUUAACUGAAGUCGCAUGUGUCUCUCUAGCAUGUAAUCGAGAGUCUGAUUUACAUGUUCAACGAGAAGCAUGUUGCUCCACCACCUAACUCAUUAUGUAACUUCGUGUCCCACCGCUGGUUGGUGAUACUUUUGUGCUCCCACCUUUCGAAACUUCCUUAGACCGACGGCCAAAAAGGGAUUAAAAGUAAGGAGCGAU